UUUUUAUUCUCCCGUCUGUCCCUUAUCUCAUGUUGUUCGCCACGUUUGCAUGUAACGUUAGCAGUUACAAUGAAGAAAUUCAGUGAAGUCCCGAGCCUAGGGGGCGGCUUUUCAUUUGGACUCCCUGUUACAACUGCUACUACUACAGUCGAACCUGCUAUCAGCACAUCAGCAAGCCCACGGAGCGGCUUUUCAUUUGGAGCACGUGUUACAACUGCUACUACAGUCGACCCUCCUAUCAGCACAUCAGCAAGCUCCAUAAAUUUGAUCACUUCAGACGUCACUUCAACAGAGAGUAGCAAGACCAAACCUUUGUUUACUUUCCCAGCAGCUCAACCUAAAUUGGAUUCUCAAUGGAGAAACUUGGAGUGGACAGAAGAGAAAAAGACAAGCCUGAUGAAGACCGUCAGCUCCUACAGGCCGAGCUGUCGCGACGUGACUCAGGCGCGGGUUCUCCUCCUGGGUCCGGUCGGAUCUGGAAAGUCCAGCUUCGUCAGUUCAGUCCAGUCGGUGUUUAAUGGAAGAGUCACCAACCGGGCCAUGGUGGGCUCCUCCUCGUCCAGUUUCACCAAAAAGUCCUUCAACAUCCAGGCUCAGAAGUUAGAGGAUCCUACUGGACUGGUGCUGUGUGAUAUUGUGGGCCUGGGUGGUGGAGAGAUGACCGGACUGACCCUGCAUGACAUCCUGUCCGUCAUUAAAGGUCAUGUACCUGAGGGACACAAGUUUAGCUCAGAUCAGCCAGUGAGAUCUGAGACUGUGGGCUAUGUGAAGAGGCCGAGCCUUAAAGACAAGAUCCACUGUGUGGCUUUCGUGGUGGACGCCUCCAAAGUCCUGACUUACCCAAAAGGCCUCAGCAGCACCUUUAAGCUUCUCCGAGAGCACAUCAGUGACCUGGGAGUUCACCAGGUGGCUCUGCUGACCCACAUUGACCAAAUUUGUCCAGAAACCACAAAAGAUGCCAACCAGGUUUAUCAGAGCCGCAUCAUUCAGGACAUGAUGGGUAAAGCUGCAGCUCUGUUGGGUAUGUCCACCUCCUACAUCGUCCCAGUGAAGAACUACUCGUCAGAGCUGGACCUGGACGUGAACACUGAUGUGCUCCUGCUAAGUGCUGUUGACCACAUCCUGCAGUAUGCUGACCUGUAUUUCCAGGACAAUACACCACAACACACAGGAUCAAAGUCAGACUAUAACAUUGAUGUCUGACAUUUGAAAUAUGCAUUUCAACCAAUAUUAACAAAGCUAUCAAUCAAAUAAAUUAGUUUGCAACAUA